AGGCUGAGCGUUAUCAGCGGAUUGAGGUAUCGUUCGCACUCUCGAACGAGACCUUCGGCCGCGCACCUACUUCGCAGAUAACCACCCGAAUUCAUGCACCAGAAGAAGAAAUAGCAUCUCGUACCCAAGGAUAUUUUGUCCCUCUAAGCGGGGGUAUAGAUAGCUGUGCAACAGCUGCAAUUGUCUACUCCAUGUGUAGAUUGGUCGCUGAGGCAGCUAACAGAGGAGACAAGGAUGUUAUUGCUGACGCUCGCCGGAUUAUUGGAGAACCCGAGGAAUCGGACUAUACCCCUACGGAUGCAAAGGAAUUCUGCGGUCGGAUAUUUCACACAUGUUACAUGGGGACUCAGAAUUCGAGCGCUGAUACCCGCCGUCGAGCCAAGGAACUUGCCGCAUCUAUUGGAAGCUAUCACGUUGAUUUGAAUAUGGACACUGUAGUCACGGCUGUUCACGCUCUUUUUGCGACAAUUACGGGCCGCCAGCCUCGCUUCAGAGUUCAUGGCGGCACAAAUGCCGAAAAUCUUGCGCUUCAAAAUAUCCAGGCUCGCUUGAGGAUGGUUCUAGCCUACCUGUUCGCUCAACUUUUGCCCUGGGUCCGUGGACGUGUAGGCGGGUUGUUAGUGCUCGCAGCUUACGGGGAUAUCUUACGAAGUAUGAUUGCUCAUCUGACCGACCUCAAAAAAUUUAUCGCAUAUGCACAGACUGCGUUUGACCUCCCGGUCCUAGAAAGCUUUUUGACGGCUGUACCCACUGCCGAACUCGAGCCCAUUACGGAGAAUUAUGUUCAGGCAGACGAGGCUGACAUGGGAAUGACCUAUAAUGAGCUAUCUAUCUUCGGAAGGUUACGCAAAGUCGAGAAAUGUGGACCUUAUAGUAUGUUUACCAAGCUGGUAAACGAGUGGAGUGCUAUUCUUUCACCGACUCAGGUGAGAGCUGUCCGGUUAUUCAGUCAACAAUCUCAUAAUCACUUUGUAGAUUGCCUCGAAAUUUACUUUGAAGUCUCUCGAGUGAUAUUGACACGAUUCAUCAUACAGGAGAGCUACAGUCCUGAUGACAAUCGUGAA